AUGGAUAUAAUCAGUCACUUACCUGACGAUGUCUUGUUGAAGAUAUUGUCAUUUCUUCGGACAAAAGAUGUUAUGCGUACCAUGUUUUUGUCUAAGCGUUGGGAAUCUCUCUGGAUGUUUGUACCAAGACUUGAGUUUGACGAUACCACUCACUUUCCCACACCUCCGUUUACGCAAGCUGGCUAUAAUAUAUUUCGCCAGUUUGUGGACAGAUCUUUGAUGUCAUUCGAAGGUCAGGUUCUUCAAAGUCUGUAUCUGAAAUUAGACGGACCAUUCGCAUAUGAAGAUGUUACGAUUUGGGUUAAAACCGCUGUGAAACGUGGUCUAGUGGAGCUGAAACUCCAAUACUCAGAGCGUUGCUGGCGUCUCUUUCUACCAAAAAGUCUAUAUAAAAGUUUUGAAACAAUUGUGGUCUUGAAACUUGAAGAAGUUGGUUUGGAUUUUCCUAACCUUGUUUGUCUAAGGUCUCUCAAAACUUUAUUCCUCAAAUCUGUGAUUUUCUCUAGCUCACGUUCUCUACUUAGACUUUUACCCAAGUGUCCUGUUCUUGAAGACUUGUACAUCGAGCAUAGACCCAUUGCCACCUUCAGUCAGAUUUUCCGGAUUGAAGUGCCUACCUUGAAGAGACUAUCUUUGAAUUACGAUGGAAUCUACGAACUUGACAUAGAUGCUCAAUCUUUGAAAUACUUGUACAUUAAAGAUCGGUCGAGGAAAAAUUCGUUUUGCGAGAUUAAGAACAUCAAUGAUUUGGUAAAGGUCAACAUUGAGGUUAUUCUCAGAAGACCCGAGGAGCUUCUGCAUUCUCUUACGUCAGCGGAGCAUAUGCGUUUAUGUUUAUCGUAUUCAGAGGUUGUGUAUCCUGUUGGUAGUUGCUUCCCUAGACUCAAACAUUUGGAGGUAUGUUCAUGCAAAUCAGAGUGGCUCUAUUUGUUCAUGCGUCUGCUCAAAGAUUCGCCUAGCUUAAAGGUUAUCAAAAUCAAUCAGAAUCAUAAUACAAAAAUUGUCCGGCCUGAAUGGUAUCAACCGAGAUCUGUUCCAACAUGUUUGCCUUCAAGUCUUGAAAUAUUGGAGUGGGACAAAUACAGAGGGUUUGAAGAAGAGAAAGAACUUUCAACAUAUAUCUUGAAAAACGCGAUUUGUUUAAAGAAGGCGAGUUUCAUUGCUAAAUCCAUUGAUGACAAGGAGAAACUGCACAUGCUUCAGAAGUUAUCAUUUUCGCCAAGGGUUUCAUCUACUUGUGAGCUUGUAUUCACCUGA